AAUCUUUUCUUGAUUAUUGACAGCCGCCUCCUUUCUUCUUCAAAACCCAUUCAACAAAAUUCCAUGGUAAUUCCUCUUAUUCAUUCAUAUAAAACAAAACUUCAGUAGAUUAAAUAUUCAUUUGUGUGUUACUGCAUUCUACGUGUGCCAACUUCUCACCGUCCACCCAGCUCUGCUAUUCCCGAUUGCUGAGAAGAAAAAUCGAAGCUUUUCGGUUUUCGUUUUUCAAUCUGUAACAAAGACCCACAUCGAAUCUUGAGAAAUCGGUUGAAUUUUGAGGAUCAAAGUUGAAAAAGAAGAUGGAUAAUGGCAAUAACAGCGGCGGUGGCGGUGGUAGUGGUGAGAAGCAGAGCCACCGUCUGCCGCUGUCGGAUGUGGUGUCCGAUUGCUUGAGGAGGUGGUUUCAAGAUACCCUCAAAGAGGCCAAAGCUGGGGAUCUUUCUAUGCAGGUUUUGGUUGCUCAGAUGUAUUUUAAUGGUUAUGGGAUUCCAAAAGAUGCCCAAAAGGCAAAAAUUUGGAUGACAAGAGCUGCAAGAGUCCGAUCUUCAGUUUGGAAAGUUAGCAAUAAACGUCCAGGUUAUAAUGCAAGUGAUUCUGAUUCAGAAGAGUUGUUGGAUGACUCUUGAUAGGAUGAGUAGGGCUCUGAUUUGUUCAUCUAAUCAAUCAAUCAAUCAAUCAAUCAUUUGUGCGAAAUUGCACCUGGGUUUUUGAUGCAAACUUUUCGCGGUUUCAUUUUGUUCUUCGUUUUAGAAAAAACCAAUUUGUACAAUUGACCGGUUUUCAGGUUUCAGUUCUUGUAGAAAUAACUUUGGUUUUCAUUUUUUUUCCUAUGCCGAUGAACAGUUUGUGAAUUCCUGGGUUUUGUGAUGAACUCGAAAUAUGUUGGGUCAAUGUCCGUUUUAUCGUUUCUCUUCUUCUUCUUCUUUAUUAAGCAACUCAUUUUUC